AUGGCGUCUCAAAGGCAAAUGCUUAUACUAACAUCAAAUGAAGAUCUUAUUCGCCAGUUUGCAGCUAAUAAACCUUUAAAUACGCAUAUUAUUGAUCUGAACAACGAUCAGCAAAUAUCUUCAACUGACAAUCCUAUCAAUCGUGCUCUUCUUGCUAAAAUAUUUCAGUCUAACUCAAAUCAAGAUCAACUCUACAAACAAGCACUUGAUCAACCGCGACCAAAAAAACUUAAAACAGCCUCAGUUCGAAAGAAAUCUACUGAUUUAGUGUGUGUCAUAUGUGGUGAUCGUGCCAUUGGAUUUAAUUAUGAUGCUGUAUCAUGUAAUUCGUGUAAAGAAUUCUUUCGUAGAAAUGCUCAUCAUCCUAUAGAAAAUAUUCGAUGUUUGAAAAGUCGAGGUCAAUGCCCUGUUGGAUAUGAAAUGCGACGCAAAUGUGCUCGGUGUCGAUUAGACAAAUGUCUAAGAAUGGGAAUGCGAAGAGAUUCUAUUUUGACUGAAGAACAAAAGCAAGAGAAAAGAAAACAAUUAGAAGAAAAUCGAUGUUUGGCGAUCAAUAAUUCAACACUACCAGAAACUUUAUCAAAUAUCGUAGCAAGUGUCGAUGAUAUCGAAGAAUUAAUGAAGAAUUUCGGUGAUAAUAUGUUGUUUAAUGAUUCAAACAAUAUGCUAUUGGAUAUAUUGUCCGUUGAUGAUUGGCUAACAAUCGAAACGGUUCAAUCUGCAUUUACAGCAUAUCUUUAUUUUCCACAUCUUCAUUGCUGUGACUAUUAUGAUUUAACAAGCGAAACGUCUGCUAUUAUUUCUUGGUCACAAUUUGUUGGUAAGGUGAUACUGUGUUACAUAAAUUUUUUUCGUCAAAUUGAUGACUUCGAAAAUUUACAUCCAGAUGAUCGAUUUAAUUUAAUAAAAUAUAAUAUAUUUUCUCUUUCUUCUAUUGGUAAAUCUUAUAAUUAUAAAUCAACGAAUGAUUGUUGUGCAAAUAAUAACUGUGAAGCAUCAAGAAAACUACGUGAGCUGUUCCGAUUAUGCGGAGCACCAAUCACAUUAUAUGAAUCAUUUGUUAAUAUAAUUAGCUCACUUGUUGAUAUUACCGAUCAAGAUCCAAUAUUCUUGUCAUUACUUUCCGUUAUUCUGCUAUUUUCACGAGGAUUAUCCAUGAGUGAUGACGAAUCGAUACUCAAUGAUCCAUGUAGAGUUAAUCAGGUUCAUUUACGUUAUACAACUAUUCUAUGGAAUUAUCUAGUAAAUAAACAUGGUGAAAUAGAAGCACAAAAAGGAUUCAUUCGUUUGCUUCAAAUUAUUUUACGAUUACAAUUUAUAGUUGAACAAUGUCGAGAGACUUUACACAAGCAAUUGAUUAUGUCGAAUAUAUUCGAUAAAAUUGCACCAUUAAUGCAAGCUGUUCUUCAUAUAUCUUAA